ACUGUUAUAUGGUCCAAUAUGUAACUAGAUCCAACUAAGGGAGCUAUCUGUAUAUUUUCCUUUUAAAAAAAAAAAAAAAAAAACAUUUUCUUAUCUGCUCCAAUCUUCAGUAAGAACCAGAAGCAAACAUGGCUUCUUCUUCUUCUUCAGUGGGUCUCAGUUUCCUCACCAGAAAUACCAUUAAAGUUCCACUCUCAAUUCCAAAGAGUUUUUCUCCUUUUCCAAAGCUCACAUUUCCUUCUAUUACGUGCUUUUAUUCAGCAACUCCCCGUUUGGAUUACAACAGUUUCAAGAAAAUCAAUCCCAUUCACUACUGUAGUAAUCUUCCUACUGCUUCCACCAAUAACACUCACUACGAGUUUUCAGAUGGCUCCUCUGAGGUGGAGUUGAGAUUAGAACUUGGGCAGGGAGAAAUAACUCCUACGGACAUACAUGUAGAUGCAAAUGAGAGCUCAUUAGCAGUUAGGAUACAGCAAUCUGGAAUCGUUCGGGCUCUCAUGGAUACCAGUACUCUGUAUGAGAAAAUAAAGCCUGCAGAAACAAUAUGGUACAUAGAUGAAGAUCAAUUAGUUAUUAGCUUGAAGAAGCAAAAUUCCGAGUUGAAAUGGCCUGACAUUGUGGAAUCUUGGGAGUCCCUAAGUGCUGGAAUUACACAACUCCUUAGAGGAACAUCAAUAUAUUUAGUUGGUGAAUCGACUGAAAUCAACCAGAGGAUUGCUCGAGAACUGGCUGUUGGACUAGGGUACACUCCACUUAGUACAGAGGAGCUGCUAGAAGCGUAUGCCAAGCAAUCAAUGGAAUCAUGGGUUAAUGAGGAGGGGUCUGAUGCUGUAGCAGAAGCAGAAAAUGCCAUACUAGAGAGUCUCAGUAGCUAUGCUCGUGCUGUAAUUGCAACCUUGGGAGGAGAGAAAGGUGCCGCUGGAAGAGCAAAUCAAUGGAGGCAUCUUUUUGCUGGAUUCACAGUCUGGCUUUCCCUCUCUGAAGCCACAGAUGAAGAAACUGCAAAAGAAGAAGCGAAAAGGAACAUGCAAGAUAGUGGUCAAGGUUACUCUAAUGCGGAAGUGGUAGUCAAGCUCGGAGGUUGGGAUCCUAACUAUUCAAAGGCAGUAGCUCAGGCCGUGCUUAGUGCCCUUAAGCGCUUAAUAUUGGCAGAUAAAGACCUUCCAGGGAAAAAGAGUUUAUACAUAAGGUUGGGCUGUCGAGGUGAUUGGCCAGAGAUCAAACCUCCGGGUUGGGAUCCAUCAACUAGCCCUGAUACAUCUUCUAUGUCGUCAUAGCAGAGUUACAGUUUAUGCAUUUAACUGUAACUAUUCAUCUACCUUUUGGCCCUUGUAUCCAAUAUAUCAUCAUUAGAAAGUUUCUUCUCGACUCGAGGACACCAGGUUGUAUAUUCUCAACAUGCUCUAUAUUAACGGGAAAAUGAAGAAGGUUUUGGCCAGCGUAGACGAGACUGAUUGAUUGUACACAAAGUUUAAAUUGAGCCCCAAAGGCCAUCCAGUUGGACAGAUUAUAUGGAAAAUAGUGAAUUUGUAUGUUGUGAAUGUGACAAAAUAGUGAAUUUGUAUGUUGUGAAUAUUGUCACAAAUGUUGCUUGUAUUCAUUCUUUAUUCUAUUAUCUUUGUUGUAGUAAUGCCUUUCUGAUA